AUGAAUCCUUUCUGUAAGCUAUCUUUAAUGUCUUCUCGACCAACCUUCUUUCUCUGCCUCAAUACAUCAACCAUAAUCAUACAACUAACAUUUUUGAUCCUCAGCUGCUUAUCAAACACAGUUUCAUCCACCAAUGAGUUCGUCUUCAACACUAACUUCAACUCCUCCAGCCUCCUUCUCAAUGGAAAUGCCACAAUCCAAUCCUCCAUCCUCAGCCUCACAAAUGAAUCAACAACUUUCUCCUUGGGACGUGCUCUGUAUAGUCAGAAAAUCCGCACAAAACUCGCCAACUCGUCAUCUCCACUUCCCUUCUCGACCUCCUUCAUAUUCUCCCUUGCACCUGUCCAACAUCUCCAGCCCGGCCAUGGUUUUGCCUUUGUGUUCUUGCCCUUUUCAGAUUUAACUGGUGCCAGCUCUUCUCAGCAUUUGGGUUUAUUCAACUUCACCAACAAUGGUGAUCCCAAUACCAAUAUCCUCGGUAUCGAAUUUGAUGUGUUCAAGAACCAAGAAUUUGAGGAUCCUAACGAUAACCAUGUUGGUGUGGAUAUUAACUCACUCACGUCUAUUCGUUCAGAGGCUGCAGGCUACUGGACUAGUAGUGAAGAUGGUGGGAAUUUCAAGGAGUUGAAGCUCAAUGAUGGGAUCAAUUACCAAGUGUGGAUUGAUUUUCGGGGUUCCACUAUCAAUGUGACUAUGGCUCGUGCUGGUGUUAGAAAGCCUCAGAAGCCGUUGAUCACUGAGGUGGUUGAUCUUUCUAGGGUGCUUCUGGAUGAAAUGUAUGUGGGGUUUAGUGGAGCAACUGGGGCAUUGGUAGAGAGCCAUAGGAUAUUGUCUUGGAGCUUUAGUAAUUCAAAUUUUUCAAUUGGUGACGCUUUGGUCACUCAGAAUUUGCCUUCGUUUGUUGUUUCAGAGGCCUCUGUGUUUGAAUCCAAAGGGUUUAUUGUAGGAGUUAGUGUUGGUGGUUUUCUGGUGAUUUGCUGUGGGAUUUUCGUGUAUGUGCUUUUUGUGAAGACCAAACAGAGGAAAGGGGAUGAGGAAACAGCGGACAUUGAAGUUUGGGAAUCAGAGUAUUGGCCACACCGGAUUGAUUAUCAAGAGAUUCGGAAGGCAACGGAGGAAUUUUCAGAGAAAAAUGUGAUUGGAACUGGAGGGGUUGGGAAGGUCUAUAAAGGGGUACUGGGAGGAGAAGAAGUUGCAGUUAAAAGAAUUUCACAUGAAGGUGAUCAUGGGUUGAGAGAGUUCUUGGCUGAGGUAUCAAGCUUAGGAAGACUGAAGCAUAGAAAUUUAGUGGGAUUGAGAGGUUGGUGCAAGAAAGAGAAAGGCAGCCUGAUUUUGGUUUACGAUUUCAUGAAAAAUGGGAGCUUGGAUAAGAGGCUAUUUGAUUGCACCGAGACAAUGAUGUUGACUUGGGAAGAGAGAAUGAAGGUCCUAAAAGAUGUGGCUUGCGGGAUAUUGUAUCUGCAUGAAGGUUGGGAAGCUAAGAUUAUGCAUAGAGACAUCAAGGCAAGCAAUGUGCUGCUUGAUAAGGAUAUGAAAGCAAGGUUGGGGGAUUUCGGGUUGGCCCGAAUGCACCAUCCAAGUGAACUGAGUGGCACGACACAAGUGGUUGGGACGGUGGGUUAUAUGGCACCAGAACUGGUUCGAACAGGACGAGCCUCAGCUGAGAUUGACGUGUUUGGUUUCGGGAUAUUGGUCCUAGAAGUAGUCUGCGGAAGGAGACCGGUUGAAGCAGGGAAGCCAGGGUUGGUGGAUUGGAUUUGGACAUUAAUGGAAAGAGGGGAAUUGAUUCAUGGUCUUGAUGAGCGGUUGAAGAGUAACAGUGGAUAUAACAUUGAUGAGGUUGAGAGGUUUCUUCGUCUGGGUUUGUUGUGUGCACAUCCUGAGCCUCGUGGUCGUCCUACAAUGAGGCAAGUAAUGAAAGUUCUGGAAGGAGCAACAGAUAUAGGCACUGAUAAGACUGAAGGGCAACAAGGGGAAGGAAUUGAAGUGAAUUUACUGCAGAAAAUGAUAACAACCUCAAUGUGGUCUACUUAUCCACUGAAGCUGAAAGGAAAGGCACACCCUACAUUUGAAGAUAUUAAACAAUCUUUAUGUUCUUCUUCAUCGUUGUUUGGAUCAGACAUAAUUCGAGUUGGUAGAUGA